AUGGAGAAAUUAACUAAGAAUCAUGACAAGAAGACUCAUGAAAAGGAUCGUGUUAUGAAUAAUAUGAAUGACAAAAGUGAUAAUGUUGUUAAUAAUUUUGAUAAUGUUGAUGAUGGUUUUAUCCCUUUGAACAAUGAAGUUCAUGAUAGGUCUGAACCUGUCAAUGAAAGGGUUACUAAAGAUGUUGAUCUUUGUAAAAUUGUAUUAAAUAGAAAGUAUUUGAAAUGGAUAGCCACUAGAAGGAAGAUUUCAAGAGAAGCUCUAACAUUUGAAUGGAGUGUUCAGCUGCUAGAGAAUAUCACUAUGAAAGACUGA